UCGUGUUGUUCUUUGUCCAUCGCGCGAAGCCUCACCUGCUUCGUUCAUCUCUCCAAUUUCGCCAUCGAUUCAGUGUAUCUGAUUUAUUCAAAUGGCUUCUUCGUGUCUAUUUCACAAUUUACCUUCAAUUUCAUCGCACCCAUUAGAACGCCAUAGAAACCCAACCAUUUUCGCCCAUUCGCAGUUUCUUCCUUUGAAUUCGUUGAAGCUCCGAAAACAACCUUUCCUCUGGAAUUCACGAAUUGGGAAGCUUAGAACUCGAGGCUCUGAUUCUUUCCCUGUUGUAUAUGCUGCGCAGAACAAUUUCUUGAGAGUUUUUCAGACAGUUUGGAAGGUUGGAAAGGAUGGGAUUGAGGCAGGAACAGAGCUGGUGCCUGGCUCUGUACCAAGGCCAGUAGCAAGGAUAUCUGUUGCAAUAGCUGCAUUAUCUAUUGGACUCUUUUUGCUCAAGUCAGUCCUAUCUACAGCCGCAUUUGUGCUGGCUAUGGUGGGAGCAAUUUAUUUCAUCUUUAUAGCUUUGAAUAAAGAUGAAGGGCCAAGGGGAGGUGGAGGCUCUGCCUCCUCCACAGCCUCCACAGAGGAGACUCUUGAAGAAGCCAGAAAAAUAAUGGAGAAGUACAAAUAGUGUUACUUGCGGUAAGCCAUUCCCCAUAAAUUACUUCAAAAUCGAAACGAUUUUCAGCUUUGUAGGCUGUAUACAUUUUUGAGGUCGCUUGACCGUGCAAGAGUAGUUAUGUGCUGGUAUUUUAUUCUACUGAAGGUUGUAAAUACCAUGAAUUUGAGGUGUACGAGUAUAUCGAAUGCACUGCCCUCUGUAUGAUUAAGAUGCAAAGCUAUAGUUUUCUGGGUCAUGCACCAUGGCCAAUUGUAUCUGCUGAGGCAAUGAUCCAGAUAUCAAAUGUUUGUAACUAUUUAGAUGUUUGAACUCUAUCCAAUGAUAUGCUUACUGAAGAUUUAGAUUUAUCUU